AUGGACGACCAAGAACCAGACGUACAUAACUUCUCAACUUCCUCUGAGCAUCGAUUGCCGACCAUCUCGGGUGCCGAUGCUCUACAGAAUGCGUCGAUCAAAUCUAAAGGCAUUCCGACCAGUCUUCCUUCCCUGGAUGAGACGCUACAGCCCAGCAAUAAUCCGCUGGGCACUGCUGGUCUGCAGAUAGGUCAUGUCACUGAGAUCUUUGGUCCACCAGGUGUUGGCAAGACCGCAUUUGGACUGCAGCUUGCCGUCAAUGCGAUCCGUUCGCGUCGUGAUGAUUCUCGCAUCCUGUGGGUGAAUACUGGUUCACCAUUGAUCGAACAACGACUCAUGGAAAUCAAUGCCGCGCUCGUGUUGCCUUCACUUGACGAACCUCCAUCCUCUCCACCACAGGAUACAAGAAUUGGAGACGAAGCCCGACUAGAGGACAAAUUCGACUACCUAGAAAUAUCUUCAUUCCCUCGCUUGUUGACCCUCUUCUUGCAUCCCACGCCAGAUCUCCCUACGAAUGAAACAUGCUUGAUUGUCAUCGACGAUUUUUCCAAUUUCAUCCUCGGCUCGUUCUCUAAAGACGCCGCUGCAACCGCUAACAUCAAGACGUCCGCUCCAGUCACGGUGCAAGAGAAACUCACCAAAAAGGCAGCGGCCAAACGAUUCCAGGUCAUUGAGAGUCUAGCUACCAGCAUGUCCAAGCUCGCCGCUUUGAGAAAUCUUGCCAUCGUCGUUCUGACCGGCACGACGACGAAUCUGAAAGUGGGCGAGCACCGCGGGGUUCUGACUCCAGCACUAGCGAGCCAGGCUUGGGAGUCCGCAGUCCAUACCCGGAUCAUGUUGUAUCGUGACUUCCCUCCCGAUGACCUGGACGUCGAGCCCGAUGUUCUGGAGCAGCUCGACGCUGGGCUGAGGUAUGCCGACGUCCAGAAGCUUGCUCGGAAGGAAGUCUACACCCCACCCACAGCAUUUAUCAUCACAACAGGAGGACUCCAGGAGGUCAAUCUCCCUGACACGACCGACUAUCACGGUCCGAUGAUCGUCGAUGGUAACCAAAUGUCGGAACGACCAUCUGAGCCAGACCUGCCACCACUACCUCUGGAAAUUGGGCUGCCAGAACGAAGCAGGAAACGAAGUUUCGGCGAGAUCGCUGAUAGUGAGGAUGAGGGAAGCGACAGUUUAUUCGGGAAUGAAGAUGGGAACGACAUCGUUGUUAGAGUUUUGGACGAUGAGAACGACGAAAAGGAAGAACCACAGCAUGAUGACGACUAUGUGCUAACCCAUCACGAUCGAAACCUCGCCGAAGUAGAAGAAACAUCACAUCGCUACGAAGAGGACGAAAACGAGCAGCUAGUGCAAUCCGCCGAUAGCCAUAUACGAGAGCAUCACGAAUAUGAUCUACCAAGACCAGAAUCUGCCAUGUCACCGGCACCACAGGACAGCGCCAUCGCAUCGGAUGACGAAAAGACCCCUCUCUCGUGCCUGUCCUCAAUCGAAGAGCAUGCCAAUACAGAACAUGGAGACAGCGAAGAAGAAAUGCUCCUCGGCCGGCACGCGACAUUGAUGCCACAAGAUUACGGCUCCCACGGCGAAAUUCGAGGAUCUGAAGAUAUGGUGCCGCGGUAUUCGUCUGACGGUGAGGUCGCCGAUAGCGAAGAGGAAGACGAGGAAGACGUCAGAGACAAUGGAUGA